UCAGAGAAGGGAGGGGCGAGGAUCCGGGCCAGGCAGCUGGGGCGUGCUUCUUGGAGGUGGCCAUGGCGUGUGGCUUCCGCAGGUCCAUCGCCUGUCAGCUUUCCAGACUUUUGGAUCUUCCACCAGAAAACUUGAUCAAGUCAAUAUCUGCAGUUCCAAUUUCCAGAAAAGAAGAAGUAGCUGAUUUUCAGCUUUCUGUGGAUUCUCUAUUGGGAAACAACAAUGACCAUUCAAGACCAGAUAUUCAAGUUCAAGCCACGAGACUGGCAGAGAAGCUAAAAUGUGAUACAGUGGUAAGUGAAAUCAGCACUGGUCAAGGGACUGUAAAUUUCAAAAUAAACAGAGAACUAUUAACAAAGACAGUACUACAACAAGUAAUCAAAGAUGGCUCAAAAUAUGGGUUAAACAGUGAGCUAUUCUCUGGUCUUCCCCAGAAGAAGAUCGUGGUUGAAUUCAGUUCACCUAAUGUUGCCAAAAAAUUUCACGUUGGACAUUUGCGUUCUACCAUCAUAGGAAAUUUUAUAGCAAAUCUCAAAGAAGCUUUAGGACAUCAAGUCACCAGAAUAAAUUACCUUGGAGAUUGGGGCAUGCAGUUUGGUCUUCUGGGAACUGGCUUCCAACUGUUUGGCUACGAAGAAAAACUUCAGUCCAAUCCUUUACAGCACCUCUUUGAAGUUUAUGUACAAGUUAAUAAAGAAGCAGCAGAUAAUAAAAAUGUAGCAAAAUCAGCGCAUGAGUUCUUUCAGCGAUUAGAACUGGGUGACAUGCAAGCACUUGAACUGUGGCAGAAAUUUCGAGACCUGAGCAUAGAAGAAUACGUGCGGAUUUACAAGCGUCUAGGAGUACACUUUGAUGAAUAUUCAGGAGAAUCAUUUUAUCGUGAAAAAUCUCAAGAAGUCUUAAAAUUGCUGGACAGUAAAGGACUCCUGCAGAAAACAAUAAAAGGAACAGCUAUAGUGAAUCUUUCUGGAAUUGGUGACCCCUCCUCAAUUUGUACUGUAAUGCGAAGCGAUGGGACUUCUCUCUACGCAACCAGAGAUCUUGCAGCUGCUAUAGAUCGAAUGGACAAGUAUAAUUUUGAUACAAUGAUUUAUGUGACAGAUAAAGGGCAAAAAAAGCAUUUCCAGCAAGUGUUCCAAAUGCUGCAGAUCAUGGGAUAUGACUGGGCAGAAAGGUGCCAGCACGUGCCCUUUGGAGUGGUGCAGGGAAUGAAGACUCGAAGAGGAGAGGUUACCUUUCUGGAAGAUGUUCUAAAUGAGAUUCGAUCAAGGAUGCUACAGAACAUGGCUUCUAUUAAGACUACCAAAGAAGUGGAGAACCCACAGGAGACUGCAGAGAGGGUCGGGCUUGCAGCACUCAUUAUUCAGGACUUCAAAGGUGUGCUCUUGUCUGACUAUCAGUUCAGCUGGGAUCGUAUUUUCCAGAGUCGUGGGGACACAGGCGUCUUCCUGCAGUACACGCAUGCUCGCCUCCACAGUUUGGAAGAGACUUUUGGAUGUGGUUAUCUAAAUGAUUUCAACACUGCUUGUUUACAAGAACCACAGUCUGUUUCCAUUCUUCAGCAUCUUCUCAGGUUUGAUGAAGUGCUUUAUAGAUCAUCUCAGGACCUUCAACCCAGGCACAUUGUCAGUUACCUUCUAACUCUAAGUCAUCUUGCAGGUAUGGCACACAAGACACUGCAUAUAAAAGACAGUCCUCCUGAAGUGGCUGGGGCCAGACUUCAUCUUUUCAGAGCUGUGCGUUCUGUGCUAGCCAGUGGAAUGAAACUUCUUGGAAUAACACCUGUAUGUAGGAUGUAAUUUCUAAUUAAAAUAGCAGCUUUUUAAUUACUAAA